CCGUGUAGUCGUGAUUUUCUCCUACCUCCAACAGUGGAUUUUCCUUCGGACGCACAGCGAGCCGAAAACUACCAAAAUCGGCAGGUACAACACCGUACGUCGGUGGACAGGUCGAUCCUGGCCAGCAGCAGUUUCCACGCGUUCGACGAAAAGUAAUCGCGUGUCCGUGGUCUACCACACCCGGGGUUGGUGGUGUAAAACGGCGACCUCAUAUCAUCGCAACCGCCGUGGAAUUGUUUUCCCCACCGACACCCCGCCGUACCAGCGUGCCUACGACGCGCAGUUCGAGUGUGCCAGAUCUCGCACGAAUGUCGGAAGGGCCAGUUUUCGGAGUGAAAAUCAGUGCGUAGAAAGUGACCCUUUAAAGAUUCUCAACUGCGCUGCGGUAGGGACGGGAAGGGGACGGUGAAAUCAGUCUCGAAACACAGGAUUAUCGAACAAAAACACACACGCGCACACCACUGCGGACGGGUGUUUGUGCUGCUGUCAAAGGAUCUGGAGCGGACACGACCGCAAGAAGAGGACCGGACCGUCCGCGGGGAGGGUGUUAGAAACGGGAGUAAUCUUGUUUCUUUGUAGCGCGUAGUAGCCCGCAGGGCCGAACCAAUUGCAAAAAAAAUCAGUUCAACAGAAUGGCGGAGAAAGUAGCAAACGUAGAUACAGCAGCAAUGGCAGCAGGAGCAGUAGCAGUCGAACCAGCAGCAGCGAUCACCGUACCGCCGACAUCGGCGAUAGUUCCGCAGCAAGAGCAGACGACGUCGCCAUCGUCACCGACGCCGCCAUCGUCAGCCGCGGCACCGCCAACUCAACAGAAGCUAUCGGAAUCGGACGAUUUUACCGACAACUCGGCUGAAAACACAAAGGAAGCAAAUCAAGAAGACACAUCGCAACAGAGUGGAUUGGCGACGGUCGAGUCGGAGUAUGACACGGCCUCAGAUUCUCCGUCGGACGGCGGUGAAGAGGACGAAGAUGAUUACGAAGACGAAGAGAGCGGCGGCGAAGAGGAAGAGGAUGAGGACGAUGGAUCGGAGGAUGACGACGAGGAUGAUGGAUCUGAGGAAGAGGACGAGGAGGAGGACGAAGAGGAUGUGGUCGAGGUGCUGGACUACGAACGACAGAGUGGCGAUGGGCAGGAGCAGGAUGCCGAAAACCGGCGCAAGGUGGACGACGACGAGGAUCGCAGCAACCCGCAGUACAUCCCGAAGAAGGGGACCUUCUACGAGCAUGACGAUCGGACGGCCGAGGACGACCUGGAUGGGUCGGGGUUGGACGGGGAUGAGUCGGUGUUACGUUCGAAGCGGGACGACGAACUGGGUGACGGCCCGGGAGGUGAUUCACACGGCGGUGGCAGCGGUGGUGGUGGUGGCGGCGGUGGCUCCGGUGGUGCUGGAGGUGGUGGUGGCGGUGCCGGUCGAGAUACCAGUGCCCUCGGGGGAUACGGUGGGGAACGGCGGGGCUCUGAAAAGGGCAGCGGAGGUGGCGGUGGUGCGAAGGGAAUGAAAAAGUGGCAAGCGUCGGCUGACCGGUGGACGCACGAUCGCUUCGACGAGAGCGAGCAGGCGCCGAAAUCGCGCGCGGAACUCGUUUCCGCUUACGGGUACGACAUCCGCAGCGAGGACGGGCCACCGAAGGCGCGCCGGAAACGCCGGUACGCGCGCGGACCGAACCGUUACACGCGCAACUGGGAGGACGAAGAUGCGUACCAGAAGUCGUCCAAUGUGGAGCACCAGAGGCACAAGAAACUUCCGCGGCCGGAAGAAUUCCCCGAGCUGGCGUCGGCCACACCGAACGGCAAGUUCGCAACCGGGCGCGGUGCUAGUGGUCGCGUGCGUAGCGGUGGUCAGAAGGGCGCUGGUCCGGGCAGGCAACCUGCCGGAGCGGAUCAAAUUGGUGGCCCGCGGGCGAAAUCGUCUGACGUCCGCCGUUCGGGCCGCUCGGACCGAGUUCGCUCGGGUGAUUGGGGUGCACCGGACCGGGAACGCGAACGGGAUCGAGGUGAAGAUCGUCCAAUCGAUUGGGAUCGAUCGGAUUACGGUAGUGGUGGUGACUCGCAACGUUAUCGCAACGAUGAUCGAGUUGGCCGUGGCGAUGAUCGUGGCCCCCGUAACGGCUACCACAGUAACAAGGAGAACAAACUAGGCGCCAGCACCACCGGACCGGGAGCGGGCCGAAACAGCAAGGAAAAGGACUACAAGGUGAUCACCUCGUUGCAGUUCAAAAAUCAGUCCCGAAAUAAGUCGAUGGAUGGACCGGGUGCAGCAGGACCGUUGCAAGUUGGUGCCGGCCAGGGCCAGGGUUUGCCGGUAGGGCCACAAGGAGGUGCAGCAGCCGCUCCAAUGAUGCACAGCAGCAGUGCCGGUGCCCUCUCGGGUAGCAGCAAUAGUAACAAGAUGAACAAUCACGGACCAUCGCAAGCGCACGAACGUACGAACGUAAACAACGGAGGUGCUGCUGGUGGUGGUGGCGAACGUGUUCACCUCACCGAAGCCGGGCAGCAUCAGAGCAGCAGGGAUCGUACAACGAACCUAGUUACUACCUCCGCAUCGCUUGGAUCGGUUCCGAAUGCGGGCGGACCCGGUCUUUCGCCGCAGGGACCACAACACUAUGGGCACCAUGUUGUUCCUUCCAUAGGGCAAAUGCAGCAGCAGCAGCAGCAACAGCAGCAGCAAUCUACCCAAAAGCAUCCGUCCCAGCAGAUGAAACCAUCCUCCCAGGGUUACCUGGAGGAAGAUCAUUCGAAGUACAGUGGUGGUGGUGGUGGUGGCGUGUACGCCGGUGGGUCUACGAACGCACUCGAUGCGCACACCGCGAGGAUGCAAGGGACGGUGAAGGAUCUGUCGAGCCAUCAGCUGCUUCCGCCGGGUGGCCCGAACAGUGGCGUACCGGCGAUGAACCAGCGAUCUCAAAUCUCACCCCGAGCGAUCGUGGCGCAAACGACGGCACCUCCGGGGGCCGGUGGCCAGCCACAACCACCGCCCCAAACGAUGGCGCUGCAGAUGCAGUAUCAACAGCAGGGCCCGAGCGCGUCCCAAGUAUACGGCGCUCCCCAGCAAGGUGUACUUCCCAGCCACGCAAUGCAAGCCGCCCAGCAACAGCAGCAGCAGCAGCAGCAGGUGGUGAAUCAACUGCAGCACCAGCAGAUGCUACAGACGGAAGCAUCCGUUCCGCGAACCACCAAACGAUACUCGAGUCAGCGACAGCGCUCCGCGAUCGAUCCGGCCACAAAUGUUUCGAUGGUAGCGGUGCAACAACAGCAACAACAGCAGCAGCAGCAGCAACAACAGCAGCUCGAUCAUCAGCAGCAUUUAAUGCAACAGCAGCAGAUGCACUUGCUACGGCAGCAGCAUGCCCAACAGACUAAGCAAAAACAAGUCUACCAACAGCAACAGCAGCAGCAGCCAACUUCUGCACCCGGUGGUCUCCCGAUGACUCUUCAGGCGGCCGAAUAUCACGUGGCGAAGGCUCAAGCGGAACCUCCUCAGGGACCCCCGCAGGGUGGCCCGGUAGCCCAGGGUCAGAACCCGGCCGCCGUACAGUACCACCAGACGGCGACAGCCGUUUACUACACCAGUGGACCAACCGGUGCUCCUCCUCCGCAGGCGACUGGCGGGGCGGAGUACGUUACGGCUGGGCCCCCAGGUCAACAGCCAACCGCACAGGUGGCCUCACCGCCCCAACAGCAGCCGCAGUACGCUCCGCCACCUCCGUACGCCACGCAAGGACCUCCGCCGCAACUAGCACAAGCGGCAACGGCGUACAUGCAGGGUCCACCGGCUCCCAGUGCCUACUUGCCGCCACCGCAAUCCACCGCCGUUCCACCGAACGGACCCCAGGCUGGCCCGUCCGGACCAGCCGGUGUCGUGUCCGGAUUCGUUCCGGCACUGGGGCCGCCACCACCACCGACCAGUGCGCAGGUGGCCCCACCGGGCGUCAGCCCCGGCCAGUAUCCUGCCAAUGCGUACGCCGGUUUCCCCACCGGGUACGCACCAGCCGGCGUCGGCGUUCCGCAGACAGUGACCGCCGGCCCACCGCCACCCCCACCAACGGUUGGGGGGCCAGCCGUCGAUGGGGUGGUGCAACCGCCACCGACCGCACUCUAUCAACCGGCCGGCGGCAUCACGUACUACGCCCCGCAAACACAAACGCAAGCACCGAGGCCACUCCCGACCGGACGGAGGCCUACGGCGGCCAUUCCCAUCUUGGCCCCGCCCGAUCGAAAGCCUGUAGCACCAUCGUCUUCCUCCAACGUCAGCACGACGAACAAGCAGACGCCGACCGGUGGUGCUAGUGCCAACACCAAACCCGGUGCCGGUGUGGGCGGUGUUGUAGGAGCGGGAGCGAGCGGUGAUGAUAAACUUGUGGUGGAACCCCAGAUGGACAGCACACCGUGCGUGCUACAGAAGGAUAGCGGUGAAAACAUCGAUCACAUUCUGGACAACAUGUUCGUGCAGCGUCCACCGUAUCAACCACCCUCGCGGAAAAGUCCCUCGCCGGCGCUCGCACCAUCGUCCACGACGGGUGGAGCAUCUGGAGCGCAGCCCCUCGGUAACGACACGACGGGACCGGCCGGGGCAGCAUCCGAAAUGGGUGGUGACGCGGGAGGAACUGGAGGUGGCAGUGCAGACGGGCAGGAGUCGAUCGACAAGAUCGGAGAUUCCGUGAAGAACAUGUCCAUUCAGGAUCCAGAAAAGCUGUCCAUCGGCCUGCCAGAUAGCAAGGAAGCCAUCGCUGCUACGGCUGCGGUUGUGGAUGCGGCAAACCCCCUUCCGAUCGACUGACGGUAUUGAAAGCGGGCGACGACCGACAUUCGAACGACGAUGCAUGCUUGCCAGUAGUAGGACGUCGGAGCCGCUAGUAUAUGUUGCUCACCGAGCUUGGACAUGGUAUGGUUUCGUAGAGAGGACGGUUUUGAUUGCCCCGCUAGUUCCGAUUGAGUGCUGCGGGUUUUUCUUUUAUUCAUAUUGUAUAUUGUUUUAGUUCAGAUGGAACUAUAACAUUAAUGUAAUUGAUUUUGAAUUUAUUGGCGCAAUACAGUAAUGUACCAAUUUAUUGUUGGCCUGUGACUUGUUAUAAUAAUUAUUAUUUUUUUUUCUUAGAGAAUUGGCCAGCUAGUUCCGAUUGAGUGCUGUGGAUUAUUCUCUUCUUCAUACUGUACAUUGUUUUAGUUCAGAUGGAACUAUAACAUUAAUGUAAUUUAUUUUGAAUUUAUUGAUGCAAUACCGUGAAGGACCAAUUUAUGUUUGGUCUGUAACUUGUUUAUUUUUUUGAGAGAAUUUUUAUUCCUCUCACAAUUUACUUUUUAUACUUUGAAUUGGUUUUGUGAUUUAAUCAUUUGCUACACAUAGCUUUUUAGAAUGUUCUUUUUCGCGGAUUAAUUUUCCAUUACGAUUAUUCUUACAAAACAAAAACAA